UCAAACCUUUCUCACCAACUCACAUCUAGAAGCAAUUAGGAUCACUGACUCUCUCUCUCUCUCUUUCUCUCUCUCUCUCACACACACACACACACACACACACACACACACAAGUCAAAAGCCUAUAAAAUCCAUCUUCAAGUCCUCAUAAGGGCCGGCUUUGAUGCUCAAGCACCACCAAAACUAGGUCUACAUAACCACCCUCACCACUGCAACCAGAAGAUAAUUCAGGACAAACAAAAAAAAAAAAAAAAAAAAAAAAAAAAUUAAAGAGAAAGAAGAGAGGUGUUAUAGCUAGCUAGUAGUUUCACUUGUGGUUCUAGUUACUAAAUGGGAAGGUCUCCUUGCUGUGAAAAAGCUCAUACAAACAAAGGAGCAUGGACUAAAGAAGAAGAUGACCGGCUUAUCGCUUAUAUCCGAGCCCAUGGAGAGGGCUGCUGGCGGUCACUUCCCAAGGCUGCCGGCCUUCUCCGGUGUGGCAAGAGCUGCCGCCUCCGGUGGAUCAAUUACUUGAGGCCUGACCUCAAACGGGGCAACUUUACUGAAGAAGAAGAUGAGCUCAUCAUCAAACUACAUAGCCUUCUUGGUAACAAAUGGUCUCUUAUAGCUGGAAGAUUACCAGGAAGAACAGAUAAUGAGAUAAAAAAUUACUGGAACACCCACAUCAGGAGGAAGCUUAUGAACCGUGGCAUCGAUCCCACGACUCACCGGCCAAUCAACGAACCGGCGGCACGGGAUGUCACAACCACCAUAUCUUUUGCUGUUAAAGAAGAAGAGAAGGUCAGUACUGGUGGAUUCAUGAUCAGCAAAGAAGAGAAGAGCCCGGUUCGAGAACGGUGUCCUGACUUGAACCUUGAGCUCAGAAUUAGCCCACCCAUGUACCAACAAUACCAAUCUGAUCAGCCAUUGAAGACAGGAAUGAGGACUAGCCUUUGCUUUUCAUGCAGCUUGGGAAUACAGAAGAGUAAGGAGUGCAGUUGUAGUGACAUUGGUACUAGCAGUAGCAGCAAUAGUGGUACAGCUGGUUAUGACUUCUUAGGGUUGAAGGCUGGUGUUUUGGAUUAUAGAAGCUUGGAGAUGAAAUGAUUAAUUAAUGUAUUUCGAGAAGUUAAAUAUUUGAAUUAUGUAUCAAGUAUCAAAUGGAAGAGAUCGAGAGAGAAAUGAGGAGAUUGAUCAUAUUAGUUUUAAAUCUCUAGUAUUUCUCUUGUUUGUAUAAUUACUAAUUAGUGGUGCAUAUAUAUUAUAUAAGUCCCAAGUAGUGUUGUUGUAGUAA